CCGGGCCCUGACACACCCGCCCCCGCCCGUCCGGCCCGCAGCCUCGCCGUGUCCGACCUGGCACGAGCGGAGAUGCGCCCUGGGUGGCCACGGCGCGGGGGGACACCCUGUUCGGGGAGGAGGCGGUUUGGGGACCCCGCGGGGCGCAGUCGCCGUUUCAGGGGCCGAGGGCAGAUCUGACGGCAGCCCGAGGGCCCGUCGUCCCGCUUGCGCCGAGCAGGUUGCCCUCGGAGGCGUAGCGGGUGUGCGUCGCGCUGAGUAGACGUGAGGCUGAGCUCUGGGGUGGCGCACGGACCGUGGGAUGGACGCGCCCCUGGAGCUCGAGGGGCGCCUGACAAUGAAGGUGGAGCAGGACCCCGCGUGGGCUUCGGAGCCGGUUCUGCAGGAUCCCGGGAGCUCGGAGGCUGAGACCUUCCGCAGGUGCUUCCGGCAGUUGUGUUACGAGGACGUGAGCGGACCCCACGAAGCUUUCACUAAACUCUGGGAACUGUGCUGCCGGUGGCUGCGGCCAGAAACGCGGUCCAAGGAGCAGAUCCUGGAGCUGCUGGUCAUCGAGCAGUUUCUCACCAUCUUACCCGAGAAAAUGCAGGCGUGGGCACAGACGCGGCGUCCGCAAAGUGGGGAAGAGGCCGUGGCCCUCGUAAUACAUUUGGAGAAAGAGACUGGACGACGGAGGCAGCAGGGUGGCAGUCCUGGGCACUCAGAGAAGCGAGCCCCACUUGGAGCGGCAUGGGACUCGGCAGACUCUCACCCUCAGAGCCAGCCCAAGGUGCUGUCUCGGGAAGGCGCUGGCAGCCUCCACUCAGGACACCGGGAGCCGCUGAACCACAAGAGAGCGCACCCAAGGACGCGCUCACCCAAGGAUGCGCACUCCUCUCCCUGGGUGCCGGCCCCCACUGGAGAACGGGACACCACAUACCAGGAAGUGACAGCUGCCCGGCUUCCUGUUGGGUCUCAGGGGCCAGUGAAGGACGUCCCCGUGGCGAGAGCUUCUUCCUGCCAAAGGCGUGUGCGUCAGGUUGCUGCCCACCGAGGCCUCUACCAGGACGCAGGGAAAGACGGUGCCGGGAACGUGGUCUCCCUGGGAAGCGCAGACUCUCCCUCUAACAAGAGAGCCCCGUCGGAGCCAAGAAAGGAGCCCUGGGCCACAGGCCUGCAGCCCUCUGGUGGCAGGAGCGUUCCGGGGAGCAGCUCGGUCCGGGAGAAGUCGGCUGGUGCCAGGCAGCUGCCUGCCCGGGCCGCGGGCACGAUGUGGAGAGAGCAGCAGCAGUGGGGCUUAGAGGACGAGAAGGUGGCCGGCGUGCACUGGAGCUACGAGGAGACCAAGACGUUCCUUGCCAUCCUCCGCGAGUCGCGCUUCUACGAGACGCUCCAGGCAUGCCCCCGGAACAGCCAGGUGUACGGCGCCGUGGCCGAGUGGCUGCGGGCAUGCGGCUUCCUGCGGACCCCGGAGCAGUGCCGGACCAAGUUCAAGAGCCUCCAGAAGAGCUACCGCAGAGUGAGGAGCGGCCACGUGCUCGAGCCCUGCGCCUUCUUUGAGGACAUGGACGCGCUGCUGAACCCCGCAGCCCGCGCGUCGUCCCCGGGCAAGCCGAGGGAGGCUGUGUCUGUCCCCAGGCCGCAGGGCGCGGGGCUCGCUGCUCAGGGCCGCCUGGGCCUGCUGGCGGAGGGAAGAGCCGCAGGAGAGUCGGACGGGGAGGAAAGCGGCCUCGAGUUCAUCCGGAAGUCUAAGCUCCGCGGUGCUCCGGUCUUGUUCCAGAACCUGAGUGGCGUGCACUGGGGCUACGAGGAAACCAAGACUUUCCUUGACAUCCUCCGUGAGACUCGGUUUUACGAAGCACUGCAGGCCUGUCACCGGAAGAGCCAGCUGUACGGGGCCGUGGCAGAGCAGCUGCGUGCGUGCGGCUUCCUACGGACCCCGGAGCAGUGCCGGACCAAGUUCAAAAGCCUCCAGAAGAGCUACCGCAGAGUGAGGAGCGGCCACGUGCUCGAGCCCUGCGCCUUCUUUGAGGACAUGGACGCGCUGAUCAACGCUCGGGCUUCUGUGCACUGCAGCAGCGCCGCAGAACAAGCCCCGUCCCCCUCAAGGCCAGAAAGACAGGCCGUUGAGAUGGAACCCCAGGAGGCUCCAGGCUGGGAACCCGAGGACACCUCCCAGGAGGCAAUGGGAGACGACGAUGGUGGCAGUGAGAGAAUGAGCGAGGAGGAAACCGUGCACGAGUCAGAAUGCCAGGGCUCUCCGCGUCCCCUGCAGGGCCCGCGUGAUUUUGAAAUUGGAAGCCGUCCGAAGGAGGACGCGAUGCAGGUGCCCUGUGAGGACCUGGGGCAGCGCCAGCCAUUACUCAGCAGGUCAGAAAGGGCCGCCGCCCCCCAGAACAGCGGCCCAGGCACGUACCGCACAAGGGAGUGCGUCUCAGGGAGGCCAUGGGAGACCCUCCAGGGAACGCGGGCGGGAAAGCUGGUGGCCCAGCCCAGAGACCUGGGGAAAGCUCUCGUGGCUCCGAGGCCGUUCCUGGCGAAGAGACCCUACAGGAUCCUCAAAUAUGGAGAGACUUCUGGAAGGAGUGCGCGUCUCCUGUGCCGGACGACCCACCAGAAGGAGAGUCCGUACAAGUGCGGGGUAUGUGGGAAGGGCUUCGGGAGAAGCAGGAGCCUGAUCCGACACCAGAGAACCCACCCGGGGGAGAAACCGCUCAAGUGUCCGGACUGUGGGAAAAGCUUUCAGGACGCCUCCCACCUCGGUGCCCACCAGAGAACCCACACGGGGGAGAAGCCCUGUCAGUGCGGGGACUGCGGCGGGAGAGGCUUCCCCGGCAGCUCGCACCUGAGCGCACACCGCGGCAGGGCGCACGCCGGCGACAGUCCCUACAAAUGCGUGGACUGUGAGAAGUCCUUCGGUACCUGUGCCCGGUUCCGAGAACCCCGCAGAGCGCACCCUGGAGACAGGCCUCACGCGUGUGCCCUGUGCGGCAAGCGUUUCAGCAAGAGCUCCGUGCUGGGCAAACACCGGGAGGCUCACGGGAGGGAGAAGCCGGGGCCCCACCCAGAGACCCCACAGAAGGGGAAGAGCGACGAGCUCAGGAAGACUUGUUGACGGUCGCUUCCCUUCCCUGAUGUGCCCGUAGCCACUUCACCCUCCUUUCGCUCUUGGGCGCAGCCUUUUCUUAGCUGUAAAGGGGAACUCCCAAGGUGAGCCCGAGGACGAAACAAAUGACCGGCUGGGCCUGUCCCCACCUCCACCUUGCCCAGUGCGUCCCACCCCACCCCAGCGCCUCCUUACUGGAGUGGAGAUGACGGCGUGUUGCCUCAGUUCAGGCUGGAGCUCCUCCGGUGUGUCGCUCAGGAACCUGCACAUAGGACCGUGCUCCCGGGAGACCGACGUGCCGGGAGGCCCUCUGUCCGCUGCACGAGACCCGGGCGCAGCUGAUCGGUUUCCCGUUUGGGCAGAACUUCCGGGAGUCAGGGCAGAACGACAUCAAGUCCCUUUGGUUCUGAAGAUUUUCACGAAGGAGACAGACGUUGCCGCUUCCCCGGCAGUCUGUUGCCGUGUCCAGUGUCAGUGUCACCCAGACAGCAGCACAGAAUCCCGUGUGGGGACGAGAAGCACCUGCUCACCCGUCACCUCCGUGCACCGGCCUGUCCUGCCCGAGGAGGAACGCUGUGGCCGCUGCUGCUCCGGAUGGUAAGCAGUCACUUCCUGUGGCCGUUCCCACGCGUCCUGCUCCUCAUCUGCGGGUCCCAGUGUCCCGUCCGACUCCUCCGAGCCGUCACGCCCCCUCACACCCACUCGGCUGCUUGCCCACGGUACAGCUCGUCAAGAUGAAGUAGGCUUUCAGAGCAGUCUAGCUCUGCCUGUAACCUCUCGGUUCUGUCUCGAACACGGCUGUACUGGCGUCCACAUGCCGCCCGGCCCCCAAUGUAGCUCUGUCACGUGAGCAUGGUUUUCUGAAACUCGGAGGGGUCCGGAAGAAUGAGGUGGGAGCCAGGAUCGUCCCACCUCCCUGACACCAGCUGGACGCCUCGGGCCUGGUCCUUGGGUAGCAGCACGGCGCCCAGACCGUCACCUCCGGGCUGUCUGCCUGCAGCCCUCCUCUCCUCGCCUGGCCAGGCGCUCUCUACGUGAAGAGUGUGAGGCCAUCUUUGUCCUCCGAGUGCGUCGGAAUCUGUUCAGACGUGUGAGCAGAGUACAGGGCUGUGGGCAGUGGAGGAAGAAAUCCAGCUUGCGGUGCCAGCGUAGGGUGUGGGCUGCUGGGAGGUGGGGGUCCAGGGAGGCGUUGAGAAGUGUCUUGUUCACCUGCCGAAACGCUAUGCUUGUUCACACCUGAACAGAUCGAGCUCUCGGGUUGUCUGAGUGACAGCCCUCGGGGGUACGUGCAGCUUCAUGCCGGCGUGCCAUGCCCAGGAAGGUGCGUGGUGCCCAUGGGUGUUGGGGGCCCCGACUCUGGAGUAAGGUGCACAGUAAUGUAACCCCUUAGGAAUACGCACGUGCGGUGGGUGACGAGCGAGUGACACGUGGUUCGGGCCGGGCGGCUUGUUCCUGCUUCUGCCCUGAGCACAGUGAGGGGACGCCAGUGAGAAAAGGGGGCGUGGAGCCUGUGCUCCAGGGACUUGAAACACGAUACAGGAAACGGUGGUGCCAACUCCCUGCGUGUCCAGCACAACCGCACGAGGACGUCGCUUCCCUGCAGAGCGGGUCCUCUGACUCGCCUACAGCCGGUUCUGUGCCUCUCAGACGCCCCAGUGGCAGGAAGGGUGCAGAGCCCUCCAUCUGCCGUGGGACACACCCAUCUGUUCCAGUCUCGUGUCUGGGAUCGAGCACAAGUGGAAUUCGGGUCCCUUCCUGCUACUCCCGUUUGCGAGUGUGUUAAAUUAGCAUCAUGGCCUCAUGACCUUCGUCUCUGUUCUGAAGCAGCAGGAGGUCUUGCCCAGCCUUAGGCCGAGACUGCGUGUCCCAUCUUUCUUCAUCCGGGGCAUGAAAGCCCACGGGACAGGUGUGUUGUGUCACACAGCAACCCCCUUAGGAGGGUCCCCAGGAAAAGGCUUAUUUCAGCACCAGGGAAAGCUCCGGUCCUAAGCAGAAAAAAGAAAGGGUUAUCUGACAAACACUGUGAUUUUUAUGACUUACUGUUUUUCUCUCUUUGUUCUGGCUACUGGAAAGUGCGGCAAAAUGCAUAACCCACCUCAGCCAACGACCUGAAACCUCCAGCUAUGUAAUCCUGUCUUAUUUCUUUGAAGUUGUCCCAAAUCCUGUUUUUCUAAGUGGCAUAAAUGAGCAGACGCUUUAUUCUUGGGCCUCUUGGCCAAGGCGCCUGGACACUGGCCGUGCUCCCUGCAGAUGGAGGACUCUGCACCCUCCCUGCCAGGCCUGCUGUUAGCCUCACAGACACCUGCAGAGCCUUUGGAGACUGUCACACGUGCAGCCUGAUGUGCUCAUGUGGGAGGAAACCUGCUUGUUGAAGGAGGAAAAUGUCACACACACAGACCACCCAGGGCCGCCUGCCAUGCUGGACUGGGCGUCACAGCAGAAGCCAAAAGUUUGGUCUCGUUACUGCCACUUCUCAGUGCUGUCCGACAGCCCACACCCUUCUGGGCCUGAGCGCCGUGUCUGAAGAGGGGCUACACUUGGCUGCCAGGAGUGUUUCAAGGCCGGGGAGCACGUUUGGGUGACGGAGAGGCUGUAGGACCAGGCCCCCCGCCCGGCCCCCACUGCACAGUGUUUCCUGCUUCGGGCGGGCACAGGGAUGCACUGUGUGGUCCGGAGCCUGCUCAGAGAGAAGCCCAGACCUCGCACGUCAGCAGCAGGCGGCGCCCAGGCACCUCGAGAGCUGCGUGAGGGAGCCUACUGUGUGCGGCCCAGUGAUGGCAGGGGAAGCCUACUGUGUGCGGCCUGGCGCCCAGUGACCGGCUGGGGAAGCCUGUGUGCGGCCCAGUGACCUCUGGGGAAGCCUACUGUGUGCAGCCCAGUGACCUCUGGGGAAGCCUACUGUGUGCGGCCCAGUGACCGGCUGGGGAAGCCUACUGUGUGCAGCCCGGCACCCAGUGACCGGCUGGGGAAGCCCCACAUGUGAGGCGUGAGCUCCGUCUGCACACGUCUGUCCUCUGUGGUGUGUCAGUGUUCAAUUAGAUGUGUGUGAAAUAAACGUCUACAGUACCUGACCCCCGCUGGUUUUGCCGUCAUUUGAAGGAUGUCUCCCAUUCAGGGAAAAGCGAACUUCUCCCAGAAGCAGCAAGAGCCGGUGCUGGUGGCUGCGCCGCUCGAUGUCACCCCACAGCCGGCAGGGAUCUCGGUGCGUCCACAGCUAUUCAGGGCUGCAGUCCUGCCCGUGAGCAGGACAUGCUCCCAGGAGAUGGCCCGGUCGGCCUUGGUCCUGGGGGCACAUGCCCACAGCCUUUCACGGGGAACAAGUCUCCACAGUCUCCCCAAAUCCCCUUGGGAUUUCCAGUCUUGGUAUGAAGGGUUCUGGUGGCUUCACCUGCUCCCAGCUCCGUGGUCAUGGAGUCGGCACACAGGCCCUCAGGCUGCUGGCUGGCUGUGCAUGCCCAGCUGUGCCCUCCAGACCGGGAAGAGCCACGGGGGGAGCGGGGUUAGAGAGCCAGGGCGCCCCGACACGACGCAGCGUCCACAGAGCACCUCCCGCCUGACCGCAUGAGCCUGUACCCUGUGCGGCCGACACCAGUGGCCCCAAGAACUCGGCAUCGAAGAGCCCGUGUGUCCCCGUAUUUUCCUUGAGUAAAUGGCCACGAGCUUUUUGGAGGAGCUAACAUACAGACUUAGAACUUCCGUGUGUGCUGUCCCCUCCGAGUUCUCCCCCAUCCCCUUACAGAGAUUCAAGUCUGGGAAGGAGGGGACUAAAUCCCCAAGGGCCACCAAUCUCCAAUUCCUAUAAACCAGUUACAGCAAUAAGACUCUGACGGGGGACGGGUGCUCUGUUUCCGGCACUAACGGGACACAGCGAGUCACAACCCCAAGCUCCGGACGGGCCCAGGGACUUGGAGGGGACGUAGCUCUGGGUUCUGAGAGGCGAAUUCUUGACCCCCCCUGAGGUGUGGGACUCCGGAGAACGGCGGUGGGGGGGCCAGGGAGGCCUCGGCCUCAGUCGCUUGGACCCCAGGGCCUGGAGCCCGUGGACCGUGCAGGUGUGGUCGGCGGGGGAGGGGUGGAGUUGCCAGAAAAGGACCCCUCCUCCAAGAAGGCACCCUGGCCUGGUCAAGUGUGACUGGGCCACAGCACACGCCUGAGGAUUCUUCCAACAGCGGCACCACGUGGCAGAGGUGAGUGGCAGCAGGGCUGGCAUCAAGUAGUUUCCCUGCGAGUAGCAGACGGGCGGCCUCCUUCCCCUUGGGCUGCUUGAGCUCGCAGAGUUCUUGGGCGUCUGAGGGUGAGCUGCAGGGUGACCGCC